GUGGGCAGGAGAGAAGGGUGGUGGUGGGAGUGGCCGGCAGGGAUGAGCCUGAGGGAGCGACUGGGGCUCCGGGUGGCGAGGAUCGUUGGCUGUGACCUCUGUUCGGGGCCUCGUGUGGACCAGCCCCGGGCACACUGUACCUUACCCCACAGACCAGCAGACCGUGGCCCAAAGAGAUGAAGUCGUGUCCACCCAGCAAGAGGCGAGGUCGGGACCUGAGCUGAGAUCUGUGCCCUUAACCGGUGAUACUGGAACAAGACUGGUGGCCCACAGCCUCGGGAACGUCACAUCUCAGCUCGGGGUGGGGCGGCUUAGCCCGGAGUGGGCGCCCUUUGUGAGGUGGCCCUUUGUGAGGUGGCGUGGGGAGCGGGCGGCAGGUUCCGUCCUCCUGCUGGGGGAGGGGCAGGCAGAAGCUGGGACCAGGGACCUGAGCAGAGGAUGGUUCUUGCCAUGCUGAGGGCUCUGUACCCCAGGGCCGGCCUGAGCCUCUUCCUCCUCUGCCUCAUCCUGGCGGCUGCCCUCCUCCGCCCCCAGCCGCUGAGGCCUCAGCAAUCUGUUCCUGAGGAGUUUUCAGCCCCCCUGGAACUCUCGGAGCCACUUUCCGGCCUGGUGGACGACUACGGGGUCCAACCCAAGCACCCAUGGCCGCGAGGGCCUCGGCCCCUUCUCUCCCGGGCCCAGCAGCGCAAGCGGGAUGGGCCAGACAUGGCUGAGUAUUACUACGACGCACACCUGUGACGGGAGCCCGG